AUCUACCCAUGAGCACAUCAUAUAAAGUCUACACUCACAAACCCUAAAAUCUCUUUCGCAUUCUCAAGUGGCCACAGUGAUACACAGCCUUGCCGGCGACCACCCUCUUCAACAAAUCCUCCGCGGCUAGGCAAAAAUGUCUUUGGUGGCGAACGAAGAAUUUCAGCACAUUCUGCGUGUGCUGAACACCAACGUCGAUGGAAAGCAGAAGAUCAUGUUCGCAAUGACCUCCAUCAAGGGUAUUGGAAGGCGAUUCUCUAACAUCUGCUGUAAGAAAGCUGAUAUUGACACGAACAAAAGGGCUGGUGAAUUGAGUGCUGCAGAGUUGGAUAAUUUGAUGACAGUGGUUGCGAACCCUCGUCAAUUCAAGAUACCUGAUUGGUUCUUGAAUAGGAAGAAGGAUUACAAGGAUGGUAAAUUCUCUCAAGUCGUCUCCAAUCAACUUGAUAUGAAGUUGAGGGAUGAUCUGGAGAGACUCAAGAAAAUCAGAAACCACCGUGGUUUGAGGCAUUACUGGGGCCUUCGUGUUCGUGGGCAGCACACCAAGACUACUGGACGCAGAGGAAAGACAGUUGGUGUCUCAAAGAAGCGAUAAGCUUUUAUGUUUUGAUUUGGAGAUUAGAUAUUUUGAGGCAUAUGAUAAGCACAUUAGACAUGAUUUAUAUAUUGAUUUUGUAUGGUUUUUGAAUGAAUACUGUGACAAUUUCAAUUUUGUUUGGUUUGUGUUCAAGUGCCUGAUUAAUUUAA